CGCAGCUCACUCGUCCCUCUUUCCAUUGCCUCACAAACAUCUCCAGUCAAUCUUUUUCAACUGCGAUGGCCUUGCCUCAUCGACGUAAAUCGUACCCUACAUACUUACGCGUACCCCCCCAGCUCCACCACUUCCCUCCCACCUUGACGCGCCCCUCCCUCUCAUACACCAUGGUACCUGGGAGGCUCCCCUCCCGCAAAGCCUUACUCUCCCCACCCCACGAGGGGCCCCGUUGGAACCAUGUUCAUCUCUCUUUCUCCCAAUGCGGAAACAGUCCUGUUUGCGGUUCUCUCCUGGCGGAGGCCGUCUUUGCCGUAGGGCCGCCCGUUCAACAAUGAACCGACUAUGGUGGAUGGACCAUGGCCCAUCUGCCAUCUCGGCCCAAACCUUGACGCCUAUUCCUAUCUCGUCCUGGCUCGUCGUCGCCGUCGUUCCAGUCCUUGUCACCUUUCCACUCUCGCUUCUCUUCUUUCGAUUCUCCAGAGAUACUUGUACCGCGCGCUUGCAAUGCUUGAUUUUUUUUUAACCUUUCCUCCUAGGCACUCUCUGGCUUGAUUUCUAGCUCGUCCCCCCCGCCAUCCGCCUCCUUCACGUGUGCCAAGGAAGGCCGUUGAAAGUGCUUCCCUGCUCCUCGACUGGCGACUCCUUGCCUGCUUUCUUCGGCCACGGACCUCCACUUUCGUCCGAUCUUCGACUUGCCUUGGGCGUUGUUGUUGCAUGUUCGAAACAACCUUGCCAAACGGCGGCCGACGUUGACACUUUGUCCCCGUUCAUCUGCUGUAACAUCGUGUUUCUGUCAUACUGGCCAGGCCAUUCUUCAUCCACUCCCAUAUCCACAUUGUACAGACAGACAGUUACUCAACCCAAGACUGUGUCGCGGCUGACUCUGCUCGACUGACCGGCCCGCAAGCCGAACAUGCCCGAAUCCGACGACAUUGUCUACGCCGAAACCCGGCCGUCCUCCUCCAUAGAAGACUCCGAUCUUGACCAUGAACACAAGGAGCCACUACUGCCAGGCUCGGCGUCGGUGUCGCAAAGGAGGGGUCGGGGGACCAUCGUCGCAUGGCUCAGGGGCAGACCUCGGUCGUUGCUGAGAAGGUUCCGUCGUCAGCCUCGAUCUCUUCCCCGGUUGCUGCUGCGGUACACGUUCUUGUUCGUCCUCUUUGUCCUCACGGCGACACCCAUCUUCUUCCCGUCGUACACGCGCCAUCCGAAGCACUACAAGGAUCUGAGAAAGCGCUGUCUGGUGUCGGACAGCUUGUCCGGCUGCGCGAACCUACGGAAUGAAAAGGUCUUCAUUGCCGUCAGCCUGUUCGACCCCGAAGGCAAGAUCACCGGAGGGGAGUGGGCGAAAAACGUAUUGGAUUUGAUCCACAUGAUCGGGGAGGACAACACGUUCCUGAGCAUAUACGAGAACGACAGUGGUGAUCUGGGCGCGGCAGCGUUGGACGAGUUCAAGAAGAACGUGCCAUGCAAGCACAGGAUCGUCAGCGAGGGCCAAGUCGACUACAGCGCGUUCCCUCACGUCACGCUACCCGACGGAUCGCAACGGCUGAAGCGCCUGGCCUACCUGUCGGAGAUGCGCAACCGCGCGCUCUACCCGCUAGACCAGUCCGGCCAAGACCCCAAAGUCGGCACGGUAAAGUACGACAAGAUCCUGUUCCUCAACGACGCGCUCUUUGCGCCCGUCGACGCUGCCCACCUGCUCUUCAACACCAACGCCGGCGAAGACGGCCGCGCCCACUACCUCUCGGCAUGCUCCCUCGACUACGACUGGAACCCGUUCCUCGAGUACGACCUCUACGCCCAGCGCGACGCCGAAGGGUACUCGAACGGCAUCCCCAUCUUCCCCUACUUCACCGGCCAGGGCAAGGCCGUCUCGCGCAGGGCAAUGGUGUCGCAGACGGAUGCCGUGCCGGUCAAGAGCUGCUGGGGUGGCAUGGUGGCGAUGCAGGCGAAGUGGGUGCAGAACGUGGACGAGAAGAUGCCGACCAAGGACUGGCAGGCCGUGGCGCACCACGUCAUCGACCCGGACCACCCGCACAACGUGACGGCGCCGGUGCGCUUCCGGUACGAGCCCGAGCUGUACUUUGACGCCUGCGAGUGCUGCCUGUUCCUCGCCGACGUGACGACCGUUGCGGACAAGGCGGGCGAGCCUGACAUGGGCGUGUUCGUGAACCCCUACGUGCGCGUGGCGUACCGCAAGCGGACGCAGCGUCUCGAGCCGCUGGUCCGCCGGUGGGAGCGGCUCUUGGCCCUGCCGCAGGCCAUCAUCACCCACUUCUCGCGGUUUCCAACGCCCAACCCGCACCGCCAGGUCGUCGAGGGCCAGCGGUUCACCGAGGAGAUCUACCAGCGGCGCGAAGGGUGGAAGAUGGUGGAGCGGACGGGGCGCAACGGCAUGUUCUGCGGGGUCCGGGAGAUGCAGCUCAUCAAAGAGGGACCUCGCAACGGGCGCAACUGGGAGAACAAUUACGACAUACCGUGGGACAAGCAGACGUUGAACUUUCCCCUCUAAUGGAGGUGGUGGAAUUGGAGGGCCAUAUGACGACACGGCGCAUCGGAUGGGUUGGCUUUGGGGGCGCAUCAUCAGCAUUGAGUUCUCGGGCGCUUGGAUUAUUGGGCGGUGUUGAGAAACCGGUUGAUUCAGAAGGGAGAAAGGGAGAGAGAGAGAGAGACGGACGAAGUUGUCGGUCAGGGGCGAGGGGAGACCCCUGGGUCGAGCUGCCGUGGUUGGGCGCACUUUGAUGAUACCACUUUCGUUGACAUGGGUUGCUUUUUGUCUCCUUCAGGUUCUGUUCUGGUUUGGGCCUCCUUCUUUUGAAUACACUCCCCACAUGUUGGGGUUCCUAUAACCCUGUUAUUGAACCGGACACCGUUUGCUACCUAAUGAGGCUCAUGGCGAGGUAACACAAGCUGUAGAACGUCAGCCAGGUGAGUCCGUUGGCC